CACAGAGGUCGGUCUUGGGAGGAGCAUUCGUGAAUUCUGAAAUUUUGUAGGUAGCUUGAUGAACGUUUAUGAGAUGCAAAGACAUUGGGCACUGUUCGGGAAAUGUAUUGUGUUUCAUUGACAAUGGUUUUGAAUAUGUCAAUUUAACGCAUUGAUAUUGCCCUUGGCCUUGGUGGCUAGCAAGCUAGCUAGCAAGCAAGCUUCUUCAACGUCUGCGAGACUGGCGCUUGCUGCUGAUGACAAGAAAGGGCAUCGUGGCCUGACACAACAAUCCGACUGUCUCGGGACUUCAAUUUGAAUUUGUUGCAACCAUGAAGUUCACGCAAUUUUUGCUAAGGAACAGCUCCAUACCUAAACAAGCACUAGUGGAUAGGUUUUCCAAGUUCUCACCAUCGCCGCUGUCAAUGAAGCAAUUCAUAGACUUUGGCUCGGCCAAUGCCUGUGAGAAGACGUCCUUUGUGUUCCUGCGUCAGGAGCUUCCUGUCCGGCUGGCCAACAUCAUGAAGGAGAUUGACUUCCUCCCUGACAAGCUUCUCAGCACCCCCUCACUACAGCUGCUACAGAGCUGGUAUGCAACAAGUCUCAUGGAGCUAGUGGGCUUCCUGGAGGAAGAGCCCAAUGAUAAAAAGAUCCUGAAGAAGUUCACUGAGACGCUGGUGAACAUCAGGAACCGCCACAACAACGUGGUCCCCACCAUGGCACAGGGCGUGGUGGAGUACAAGGAGGCCUUCGGCUCCGACCCCGUGACCAAUCAGAACAUCCAGUACUUCCUGGAUCGCUUCUACAUGAGCCGCAUCUCCACACGCAUGAUCAUGAACCAGCACUCUCUCAUCUUUGAUGGAAGUGCCAACCCCGCCCAUCCCAAACACAUUGGCACCAUCGACCCAGACUGCGACGUGACGGAGGUGGUAAAAGAUGCCUUUGAUAGCUCCAAGAUGCUCUGUGAGCAAUACUACCUGACCUCACCAGAGAUUGACAUCACACAAGUCAACGCCAAAGCUCCUGACCAGCCUCUUCGUAUUGUCUAUGUGCCCUCCCAUCUCUACCACAUGCUGUUUGAGCUCUUCAAGAACGCCAUGAGAGCAACAGUGGAGACUCAUGAAAUGGCCCUGCAUCUCCCGCCGGUCAAAGUCCGAGUCUCACUGGGCAGUGAGGACCUAACAAUCAAGAUAUCAGAUCGAGGAGGCGGAGUCCCCCUGAGGAAGAUAGAGCGUCUGUUCAGCUACAUGUACUCCACCGCCCCCAGCCCUGUCGAUAUUGACAACAGCCGCAAUGCACCACUGGCUGGUUUCGGCUACGGUCUCCCCAUCUCCCGUCUCUAUGCCAAGUACUUCCAGGGAGACCUGCAGCUCUACUCCAUGGAGGGAUAUGGGACGUCAGCUGUCAUCUACCUGAAGGCCUUGUCCUCAGAGUCUGUGGAAAGACUUCCUGUUUACAACCAGUCAGCCAUAAGGCAUUACCAGACGAGCAACGAGGCAGAUGACUGGUGCAUGCCCAGCAAGGAUCCCAAGAAGCUGGGGAAGUAUGAGAGGAGAAGUUAACCAAACAGACAGAGAGAGAGAGAGCUCAGAUAACAUGAAGAAUGGAGGAGGAGGAAGUAAGAAGAGGAGGGUGACCGAAAGGAGGGAUGGGAUGAUGAUUCAUAAUCACAAACUGACAGAAGGUACCCAGUUGUACCCACAGCUUUUGACCUGGUGUGUGUGUGUGUGUGUGUGUGUGAGUGUGUGUGUGUGUGUGUGAGAGAGUGAUCUGGAUUCUUCGCAAUGGGGAUUCUCAUCCAUCACUUGAAGUGGAAAAACACAUAAAUGUCGGAGGCGUUUCAAUGGCAAUACCAGGAUCUCUAUUCAGUAAGCCACUUCGUGAAUGUUACAGUUAGAAACAGGGCCAUACACUACUCACAAUCACAUCUCACCUUUUGGUUUCAUUUAUCCACAAGCUAUUAAUUUCACUCACUUAUUUUAACAUUAUGACACUGAAGCAGCGUAAAAAGCUAGCGUUUUGCUUAAAAGGUGCAUUUUCGUUUGGAACUGAUCAUUUAAUUUAUCAAACGACUGAAUUUGGUUAUACAGUGAUAUAAUCUGUACUAUCACAGUAGUAUUAUCUGUGAUACAACGUUUUAGAUUUUGAAUCUAGUUUUCUCUAAACUCUUCACUCACAGCUACGGUUUGCAGCUAGGACACUGAGCUCCAUGGACGCAGAUAUAUAUACAGUGGGGAGAACAAGUAUUUGAUACAAAAAUACAAAAAUAAAACAAAAAUCCAGAAUCCU